AUGCGGACCAUCUACUUCGAGAACCCCAAUACUUUCCCUGAAAUCGAUCGCUUCAUGUAUGAGACGGCAUCGACUUACGGCUUGCCACUGGAAACUAUCAGGGCAGAUUACAAGUCCAGCCUAGAAGCCCUGCUCAAGGAGAAGCUUACCAAGGCAAUCUUCCUUGGCACUAGAAACGGCGAUCCCAAUGCGGUUGGUCAACAAGAGUUCUCCCCUAGUUCACCUUGCUGGCCUUCUUUCAUGAGGGUGAACCCUAUCUUGGGUUGGUCCUACAGCGACGUGUGGUCUUUCCUGUUAACCUUCAAGGUCCUAUACUGCAUCCUCUAUGAUCAAGGGUACACUUCUAUUGGCAGCAUACACAACACUGUUCCAAACAAGCUUCUGCGUGAUGGCUCGGGCGGGUAUAGGCCGGCAUACACGCUGUCAGAUGGGAAUCUUGAAAGGGCUGGUAGAGCCAAGAAGGCUGGGAGGAAAGAUUCUUCGGUUAAUGGCAGCAACAGCAAUGAACCACGGCAAAGGAGUAAGCUGUAG